ACGGAGCCAGACGCGGCGGCGGCGGCGGCGGCGGCGGCGGCGGCUGCGGCGGCUCCGCAGGCUCCGCAGGCUCCGGUCGCUCCCGCCUCACCAGCGCUACCCGCGGCCGCAGCCGCGCACCCAGGCAGGCUCGGAGGAGCGGAGGUCAUGGCUUCUGGCUUCUUGGACCUAAGGCUUCAGUGGAGGAAAUGACUGCCCAGGCUCGUGCUCCACGCCUGUCACGGAGACUGAACCUUCGCAGGGCACGAACUUGCCCAGCACAGGAGCGUCUCUCUCUUUGAAGGGCUUGACAUUUGUCACAAAGAAACGUGAAAAUGGCGACUUCCUCUAUCAGACGGCAAAUGAAAAACAUUGUGAACAAUUACUCGGAAGCUGAAAUCAAAGUGCGGGAAGCCACCUCCAAUGACCCGUGGGGCCCGUCCAGUUCCCUGAUGACCGAGAUCGCCGACCUGACCUACAACGUGGUGGCGUUCUCGGAGAUCAUGAGCAUGGUGUGGAAGCGCCUCAACGACCAUGGCAAGAACUGGCGGCACGUGUACAAGGCGCUGACGCUGCUGGACUACCUCAUCAAGACGGGCUCCGAGCGGGUGGCUCAGCAGUGCCGGGAGAACAUCUUCGCCAUCCAGACCCUGAAGGACUUCCAGUACAUCGACCGCGACGGCAAGGACCAGGGCAUCAACGUGCGUGAGAAGUCAAAGCAGCUGGUGGGCCUCCUCAAGGACGAGGAGCGGCUGAAGGCCGAGAGGGCCCAGGCUCUCAAAACCAAAGAGCGCAUGGCCCAGGUCGCCACGGGCAUGGGCAGCAACCAGAUCACCUUCGGCCGUGGCUCCAGCCAGCCCAACCUGUCCACCAGCUACUCGGAGCAGGAGUACGGCAAGGCCGGAGGGUCUCCAGCCUCCUACCACGGCUCGCCCGAGGCCUCGCUGUGUCCCCAGCACCGCGCAGGGGCCCCGCUGGGUCAGAGUGAGGAGCUGCAGCCGCUGAGCCAGCGCCACCCCUUCCUGCCGCACCUGGGGCUGGCCGCCCGCCCAAAUGGCGACUGGUCCCAGCCCUGCCUCACUUGUGACCGCGCAGCCCGAGCCACUUCCCCGAGGGUGUCCUCUGAGCUGGAGCAGGCCCGGCCGCAGACCAGCGGAGAAGAGGAGCUACAGCUGCAGCUGGCACUUGCCAUGAGCAGAGAAGUCGCUGAGCAGGAAGAACGCCUCAGGCGGGGUGAUGACCUCAGAUUACAGAUGGCCCUAGAAGAAAGCCGAAGAGACACGGUUAAGGUUCCCAAAAAGAAGGAGCAUGGCUCCCACCCACAGCAGACUACUCUGUUGGAUUUAAUGGACGCCCUCCCCACCUCAGGCCCUGCUGCCCAGAAAGCAGAGCCUUGGGGCCGGUCAGCCUCAGCUAACCAGACAAACCCUUGGGGCGGGCCGGCGGCCCCAGCCAGCACUUCAGACCCCUGGCCACCGUUCGAAAUGCUUUGGCCCUCUUCUGGGACAUGUGUCCAGUCUCUUGGCCUCAGAAUUGCACCCAGCACCCCAGCUCGGUUCCCUGGAUGUUUGCCGAAGUGUGCCAAAUGCCAGGCUCUGUCGUGCUAUCUAGGGACCCACACACAAACAGGUGCCAAGCCAGCUGCCUCUGUUGACCCGUGGGGUGUGCCCACUGGUGCCAGCACACACUCCGGCCCAAAGGGCUCAGACCCCUGGGCAGCCCCGCAGCAGCCUGCCCCCAGGGCCGGGAAGACAGCAGACGCCUGGGCUGCAGCCUCGGCCACUAAACCCAUCUCUUCCUCUGGGGCCUUUGAUCUCUUCAGUAAUCUGAAUGGUACCAUUAAAGAUGACUUUUCUGAAUUUGACAACCUCCGGACUUCAAAAAAAACAGCUGAGGCUGUGGCCUCGCCUCCGUCCCAGAACAACGGAACUACAAGCCCAGACCCCUUCGAGUGCCAGCCCCCGACCUCCACCUCGAGCAAGCCCAGCAGCGCUCGGAAAACACCCGAGUCCUUCCUGGGCCCCAAUGCAGCCCUAGUCAACCUGGACUCGCUGGUGACCAGGCCAGCCCCGCCAGCCCAGUCUCUCAACCCUUUCCUGGCACCAGGUGCAGCCACCGCUUCGGCCCCUGUCAACCCCUUCCAGGUGAACCAGCCGCAGCCGCUGACGCUGAACCAGCUGCGGGGGAGCCCUGUCCUGGGGACCAGCACGUCCUUUGGGCCUAGCCCAGGUGUGGAGCCCAUGGCUGUGGCCUCCAUGACCUCCACGGCCCCACACCCGGCUCUGGGGGCUGGAGGGUCCUCCCUGACGCCACUUGGCCCCACCGCGAUGAACAUGGUGGGGAGCGUGGGCCUUGCCCCCUCUGCAGCUCAGGCCACCGGCACAACCAACCCUUUCCUUCUCUAGUGCCAGGGCUGGGGCCCCACCACAGAGCGCAUGCCCAGAGCCUCCGUGCCUGAGGACGCCGAGCAGGGACUCUCGAUUGUGGAAUGGUGUCCAAGAGUGGGGGUGUGGGUGUUAGGGCUUUCCAGUUCUGGCUUUCUGAUAGAAGGGUUGUCUGCACAGCCCUGACCCGUCAAGCAGCGGCAGGCCUGCUAGACGUCAGACGUGGGUCUCCACGCCUUCUGAGGCUGCCCACCCGCCUGUCCCCAGCCCACUGCCCGCGGGAGGGGCCCAACCCAGUGGCAUCCCCACUUCCUCCCGAACGCCGAGGUCCUGGUCCUGGAGACCGGCUAGCUCUCUGGGGCCCAGGACGAGGGGGCGGGAGCUGUCAGCAUUGACCUCACCCUGAGCCUCAGCCUGAGGGCCUCUGGGACGCUGCCUGGCCUAGGCCUAGGAACGCCACCGCUGUGUCCUUGUGACCCACCCCCUCCAGCCCUAGCAACACCCGAGGCGGUCCCAGGUGUGGAUGGAAUGAAGCACGGCUCCGUGAGAUGCUGACCUUCUGGGGAAGUGAUUGUGCAUAUUUUAUUUUUCUUUGACUCGUGUGUGAGUUCAAAGCAAACCCUACCACCGCGGAACAACUCUUAAAUUAAAUCCACUAGAGCGAGCUUUAAACUAAUCUGAGCAUAACCCCUGCCACAUGGCUCUAUGCUUGUAUACGUUUGCACAUAAUUUGUUUAGUACAGUUUCAUAUUUGAGUUUGCAGAAUUACCUAAUAGUCUUUUUUUGGCUAAUAUUUUUAUAACGUGGUUCUUAUUUAACUGUCUAGUUUUGAUAGAAUUUACCAGGUCUGGCUGAAUUAAGAUACUGGCACGUGUCAUGUGAAUGGUUUAAACCCUCUUAUUUAUGGUUUUAACUCUAAGAAAAUUUAAAUAGGAAGCAAAAAAAAUGCCUUAUGGGGGGAAAAAAAACUAAAGCAAAUUCUUUAUAGGGAAAAAUACAGGAAUUUGAUUACACAGAAAAGAUGAUGUUUAUUUAAAAAAAAAAAUCUACAACAGCAACAACAACAAAAACCCAGCCUCCAGUUGCCUUUUCCUUUCUUUUACUCCCUUUUUUGGUGACUUACCCAACAGAUUGAACCACAGCCUUCUGGGCUGGAUCCUGAGAGAGGCUGUUUUUCUUACUGGUACACCAACAUCAAGUUAAAGGGAAAAAAAUCUGAUGGAUGGAUGUGACUCACCAGUUUUUAUCUGCUAAUUCCCUUUUAUAACUGAAGGCAUGCACGGAUCAACAAGGACUUCCGUUUCCGGUGCAAAUUGGAAACGGAAGAGGCAUCUUGAACCUUGUGUGUCUGUGAUCCUCUCUGUCUUAAUCCGCACUCAGGGUAAGGAUGGGGAUGGCGUGGAGACUGCGGGCGUCUUCAGUGCCCACGGCUCCCUGGGGCCAGCCUCCUGCUAACUCCAGACACACACUGCAGACUUAAAAUUCUCAUCAUCUCUUACUUCGGAGAGGAAGAAAAAAAAAGUCAUUCUCACAUGGAUUUUUAACCAACAUGCACUAAUAUUACCUCCCUUUCCCAACUCCCUCCUUUCCUCGCCCCACCCGCCACUAGAAGAAAAGUAUGAAUUCAUGAAAGAGCAGAAAAGACGUGCUUCUCCCCAGGGAAGGAAGCCCCCCUCCCCCCGCCCCCGCCACACACACACCCAACCUGCCUCCGGUCAGGUCACCUUGCCUGUGGGCGCUGCAGUCUUGCUUUCCACUGUGGACUUCACCCCAACUCCAAGGCAGCUGACCCCCCGGUGUUCCUCCGCUUCCUGUGGCCUGUUCUGGGAGGAGGUCAGACCCUGAGCAGGGCACAGGCCUGGAGAUGAGCAGGCGGAGUCCCAAACAGCCUUUUCUGGCCUCUCCUGUUUCCUCAUUUUAAAAGCUCACCCAUGCCGCUCCCCAAGGCUGUCCCCCAGCCGGAGGAGCCACCCCCAGAGCUCCUGACCGGCCAUGCCUCCACCAGAGCCGGACAGCUGGGGCUGGACCGCGGGCUGGAGCCCGCCCUGGCCUCCUCCGACCUGGGGGAGCAUGGGGUCAGGGUGGGGCCCAGCAGGUGGCUCCCCCCCGGGAGGUGCUUUCACUCACAUGGUGCGAGCCCGGACCCCUUCACAGGCCAGUAGCCCAGACCUGACUACUGCGUCGGUGAUUCUUUUUGUAAACAGUCAAGAGCCCUUCCUGACUUGACUUCGAGGCCCCAGCAUUCUAGCCACUGGGCCGCCGAGGCCCCACAAGACCCACUGCGCCCCCUCUCCCCACCCCCUCACACCCGGGCACAGGCCUGUCCCAGGCACCUUGUCCCUUGUUGCCUGCUGCACUGAUCAUGAAGCUGCCGGCUGCUGCCACACGUGUGACACACGUGCCGUCAUGCUCCCUCCUGAUGGGCACCGGGGUAGGGGGCGCCGCCCAGCCGUUUUCUCAGUCCCAGGGGCCGGUGGCUGGUUUUGAACGUGUGUUGACUAUUGAUACUUAUUUACUGUACAAAUAUAAUUUAUCAUUUGUAUCAUGA